UGUCAAACGUGUUCACUAUUACUCUGACUCUGGUAACGUGACUUCCUGGUAACGUGUUAGGUAGGAAAAGCAGUAAAAAAGUGCAUAUUAAGGGAGCAGAUUUGAAAUAAUAUUUAUACUUAACAAGAAAUAAUUAAAGGUUCAAUGGGGAGACCUAAAGAUUUACGCAUAUGGGAGCACUACCGUACUUUACCAAACAAGUCUGUUUCUUGCAAGCUUUGUAAUAAGGUCUACAAAUUCAGUAAUGCUGCCAAAAUGCUUCAACAUCUUAUCACUUGUCCAAAAUCUCCAGAAACAUUAAAAGACUCUAUGAAACUUAUAAAAGAUAGCUCGUCCAAAACCAAAAUGUCUGGACUGUCAGAGAUAGAGACAAAUGAUUCUUUUAUAAGCCCCUCGUCGUCUGCUAACACUACAAUAAAUGCUGAGUUUCAAGACACCGAUGAUCAUAUAAAAACAGAAUUAGCGAGAGCUAUAUUUGUAACAGGGACGCCAUUAUCGAUGGUGCAACAUCCUUUAUGGAUACAAUUUUUCGAAAAAUUGCAACCAAAAUUUAAAAUACCUUCACGUAAAGCUUUAGCGACAAAAUACUUAGAUAAAAUAUAUAGAGAAAUGCGUUUUGAGUUAAAUGAGGAACUAAAUGCUUGUAGUUACUUACACCUUCAGUGCGAUGGCUGGUCUAAUUUAAGAAAUGAAGGAAUAAUAAACUUUCUUAUAUCAAAACCUCAACCUGCAUACGUUAAAAGUUUGAAUACAGAAAGUAAUCCUCACACUAGUGAAUACCUUAGCCAAGAAGUUGAAAAAGUAAUGAAAGUGUAUGGAGCAAAUAAGUUUCUUGUACUUAUUGGCGAUAACGCUAGAAAUAUACAAAAGGCAUUCGAAUUAACAAAACUCAAAUAUCCACAUGUUGUUCCUCUCGGUUGCUGUGCACAUAUCCUUAACUUGUUGUGCCAAGAUAUUGUAAAGAUACAAGAAGUAACUGUGUUUAUUAUGCAAGCCAUAAAUAUAAUAAAAACUGUUAAAAGGAGUCAACGAUUAAGUUCCUUGUUGAUAAAAUCAAGGCAGGGUGAAGAUUCUACACAAACACUAAAAUUGCCUUGUGCUACAAGAUGGGGAAGUCAUGUUACUUCGUUAAAAAGUUUGAAAGCAAAUAAGAUAGCUUUGCAAAUAUUAACAGUUAGAGAAGAUGUGGUAAUUUCAAGAGAUAUUAAAGAUUUAAUUCUAAGUGAUGAUUUCUGGACGAAGACAGGGGAAUGUAUAAGUAUUUUGGAACCAGUCACUGAAAGCAUAUUUUACUUAGAGAGCGACCAGAAUCGUUUGCAUCGCACAUACAUUACAUUUAGAGAUGUACAAGCUAAGAUACGUUUUGCAUUAAAUGAGAUUUCGACAUUGAGCGAAGAAAGCAAACAGCAGAUUCUAACAUCAGUAUCUUCAAGAUGCAAUAUGGCAAUGAGGCCAAUACAUUUUGCAGCAUAUAUUCUAGACCCCAGGACUCUAGGAGUCGAACUUACUCAAGAGGAAGAACUUAAGGGUAUGGAGUUUAUCUACAAUUUAAGCCAACACUUAAGUUUGUCAAAUGUAAUGGCAGAUUUGGCGUGUUAUAAAGCUAAAGAAAACUUUUGGGCCAGAGGAUUUGUAUGGAGCUCAUUAGAUAGCAUUGAGCCCCUAAUAUGGUGGAAAGGUAUUUGUGGUUCCACUGAGUUAAGCAAAGUAGCGAUUCGUAUUCUAUCAGCUCCCUGUACUUCGGCAGCCACUGAGCGUUCCUUUAGUAUCCAAGGCUACAUACAUAAUAACAAAAGAAAUCGACUUACAACUGAAAGAACUGAAAAAAUUUCAUUCAUUUGUUAUAACUGGAAUCUUAAACAUAAAGCUGAAUGCGAGGACAUUCAGUUUAAUGAAGAAAAUACCUUAGAAGCUUUCAUUGAGCAAGUAAAUGAACAUAACAGUUUAGACGAAAUAGAGCCUAUCGAACCUAUACAAUUCAUCGCUUGUAAUAACUCUGAAUCUGACAGUGAUUGACUGUAGUUUUACAUUUUACUUUCAUCUCUUUCUUAAUAAACUCAAAAUCAAAUUAAAAGUUUUUUAUUCUGUAGGCUG